GGAAAAAAUACCUGUGCUGUGGCGGGGGGAAACAUAACGGCUCUCUGAGAAGGCACUUGGGAAAGGAGGAUCGCGACGGAGUCAAGCGCAUUUUUCCUGGCGGGCCUGGGAGCAGUGUGUCAGCGCUAGCCAGAUUUUCUGCAUAUGCCAAGAAUUAUUAUUACAAACCUGAGAAACUGAGAGUAUCUGCCAGGCAAAACAGCCAUAUCAACAGCUUUCUUUUCUUGCCUGGGUUGGUUGGAGGACUUCCAGGAAUUUGUCCAGGAAUUUUGAGGUGCCUCCUGCUGCUGGAAAAGUGGAAGCACCAUCUCUCUUUUCGGGACUGGUGAGGUGGGACAGCUGCCUAGACACCGAUGAAGAGCACAUGAAUUUUGCUAAAAAUGAUGAACUGAACAGGGCUCACAGCGAGAACAGAGUGGAACCAGUUGGACCCCUGAAAUUUGAGCUUGAUAUUUGUCACCAGGAUCCACAGUACAAGUCCCCAGCUCCCUUGCCACAUGCCCAGGUCAAACUGAUCACCAGCUGGGAAGCAGGAUGGAAUGUAACAAAUGCCAUUCAGGGAAUAUUUGUCCUAGGAUUGCCAUAUGCUCUCCUCCACAGUGGAUACAGUGGUCUACUUCUUAUUGUCUUGGCUGCAGCAUUGUGCUGUUACACAGGCAAAAUUCUAAUUGCUUGCUUGUAUGAAGAAAAUGAAGAUGGGCAACUGAUAAGAGUGAGAGACACGUACGAAGAUAUUGCAAAUGCCUGCUGCAAAAAGCUGUCUCCCAGUCUAGGUGGCAUGGUUGUCAAUGUGACCCAAGUGGUGGAAUUGAUCAUGACCUGCAUUUUGUAUCUGGUUGUUAGUGGGAACUUGCUGUCACACAGUUUUCCAUAUGUACCCGUAACUGAGAAAACUUGGUCUGUAAUUGCAUUUGUUACUCUGUUGCCUUGUAUAUUUAUCAGAACUCUCAAAAUUGUUUCCAAGCUCAGCCAGCUUUGCUCUUUGGUUCAUUUUGUUAUCAUCUUUGUAGUGAUAACUUACUGUCUCACACAAAUGCAUCAAUGGUCCUGGGCAAAAUUCAGACUCUCCCUUGAGUUUGAGAAUUUCUUGGUCUCUGUAGGGUUGAUCAUUUUCAGUUACACUUCACAGAUAUUUCUUCCCACACUUGAAGGUAGUAUGAAAAACCCAGGGGAAUUUAGGUGUAUGCUAAACUGGACUCACUUUUUUGCCUGUAUCUUGAAAACCACCUUUGCACUUACUGCUUUCUUGACCUGGGGUGAAAAGACAAAGGAAGUUAUUACUGACAACUUGCCAUCAUUUCUUGAAACCCUAGUGAAUUUAUGUCUCUUAACUAAGGCUCUUCUUUCUUACCCUUUGCCCUUUUUUGCAGCCACAGAAAUUGUGUAUUCUUGUAUUUCUAACGACAACCAUUGCAAUUACAGGUCUCCACUACUUGCUCUGACUGUAAGAGGCUCAUUUCUCUUGUUAACUCUGUUGAUGGCCGUGUUCACACCACACUUUGCCCUGUUGAUGGGUUUGUCAGGCAGUGUAACAGGUGCUGCUAUGACUUUUCUUCUUCCUUCUCUCUUCCAUUUAAAACUUAAAUGGAAAAAACUGUCUUUCUUAGAAAAAUGUGCAGAUAUCUCUGUUUUUAUUUUGGGCUUCCUUUGUAGCCUUGCAGGCAUAGUUUGCUCAAUAAAAGGGCUGCUUGAAGUAUUUGGAGGAGUGUAAAAAGAUUUCCUGAAAGACAAAUAAGGACCAAAUCUUAUAAAUGUUUUUAUCCUGUUAGUCAGUAUAAAUGAGAUUUUGUCACUAGGUAGAAUUAAGCAUGUGCUUAAAUGUUUGCAUAUUCAAGUCUUUAACUGGAAAAUUAUGUAUCUCUAAGCAAACUGUAAAAUAACAUUCAUAGACAAAAAGUACAAAAUUAGGCCUCUCUAAAACAUUGAAAAGAAACACGUUGGAGAUGGUUUAACAAGAAAAUAAUUGUAAGUAAGUAGUCCUACGUGGUUUUAGUCAUACAUGUCAUGCACAUCCUGAAAUUACUACUGCAAGUGAUUUCACCAAUUUAACCAGAAUUCUUCAUGGGGUUAGACACUGUUCAGUCUCAAAGCUAUCAAAACUAUCUUACAGGAUGUGAGUGAAAGAGAUCACAGAAUCACAGAAUUCUAUUAUUAGAUCUAUUAUUGAAAAUGGGUGAAAUAUUAUUUCACCUCACUGGCAGACUGCAAUUCAAAAUGUGAACUGAAUGGUGAAUCACUGAAUCAAAUCAAAUCAGUGAAUUUUGGUUUUUAUGUAAGACAAACUCUACUAUUUGUUUUUUAAAUGAAUAGGCAAAAAAAGAGCUCAGUCUAGAACAGCUUUGAAAGCCUGCUUUUAUCAUGACUUCAAAUAGGAAUACAGUCAGAGUAAAGGGGGCAUUCUAACAAUUCAAAGUCAGGGAAAAGAGAUUUUUUUCUGAAAUAACCUAUAGCCAGUAACUACAGCUUUUCUGCAAGUCUAUCUCCUAAGAUUCAUGUCUCUGCAAUGCAGCUAUUCUAUAGGCUGGGUUACUAGAUGUCUCCCUAGUAGCAUGAAAAAGUUAACGUACAGUUCACUUUCCCUCUUAGGCAGGAAAUUUCUUUGAUCUGUGUAUUUUAUCUGAUUCUAUUAAAAGCUCAAUGGAGUAAAUCAAUUCCAAUAAAUAGACACACAGUUAACUUCUUGUACAAUUUGGUAGAUCUUUAGGUUUAGAAGAUACUGGCUUAAUAAAAAGAUCAGCAUUGCAAUGUAUUUCACAUUAGUGAUAAAACAUUAUGACAAGAAACAAUAUAGUCAGAGUGCUCUAAUGAAUACAUAUUAUCUUAUCGAAAUAAAUCUCUGUUAUAAUACAUAAUUAAAGUAAUUAUUUCAAAGAAGGAAGUGUGCAUUUUUGUUAUGAACAAUUUCACACAACCUUGUGCUGCAUCAUAUGGAAAAGUCUUUGAACGUCAGCAUAAGACUGGGUGACCAAGAGCCCAGCAGUAUCUGCUCAACUGAGCUAUUUUUGCUAUGUAGUUUCUCAGCAUUAAUGCUUCUGUCCUGCAUGAGCAACAGUUGCCUCUCAAGGCUGAUUUGCUGAAUGACAAAAAACAUGUAACGAAACUAAAGAGAAGAGUUCCAGAAAUCCUUGUAUGCCACCCUAUUCCUUCCUUGUCUGCUAGUGUACACCUGUCAUAUAUAAUAGUCAUGUAAAAUUUAUUAAAACAGAUUAAUUGCAUUACUACAACACUAUCAAGAAAAUUGGAAAUAACUAAAAAUAAAUCUCAGAAUUUUAUUACUUCUUCCUGAAUUGGGUCAAAUUCUGCACUCAUAUCCACAACAAUUUGAAUGAUAUUAGAAUUUGUGCUGGAACAAAUAGGAGACAUUUUAUCUUUAUGUAGAAUGCCAAAAAUACAUUGUUCAUGAAAGAGUUGAAAGCUUGUUAUUACUGCUAUGACAUAGUUGGAAAGUAUUACUUGGAUGAUGUUAAUCAAAGGAUUUCUUUACUUUUUGUAUGCAGAAGUUUCAUAGAAAAACAAACAUGUAGCAAUAGUAUUUGUUCUGAUUUAUCCUGUAUAAAUCUCUGAGAACAGAGAGAGGUUGUCCGAAGAGUUUUGUAAAAAUUUUUUCAGUUACCUUGCUUAGGAACUCUCAAAAAAAAUAAAUUCUC